GUUUGGUCGUCGAGGAGGAGGGGGUAAGUUGAGUCGGGACUCCGCUCCGCUGGUAUCCCAGGAAUGUGUUGAUCAUGGCGGCCGCAGCGAAGCCCGUGAAGAGCGGACUGCUGGAGCUCCGCGUUACCGUUCACCACUGGAUCCGCGUGCUCGCCACCCUGGGCGAGGACUCGUUCGCCGUGAGCCCCGGAGACGCCGCCGAGGAGCCCGCGGCCGCCGGAGCCGUUAACGGCGACCCCGCGAACCUCAGCGCCUCUCCGGUACCGGACACCAUCACGAACGUCAAGCGAACCGUCAGAGUCACCAAACAAGAAGUCGGAGGGCUCGGGAUAAGCAUUAAAGGUGGCAAGGAAAAUAAGAUGCCCAUCCUGAUCUCAAAGAUCUUCAAAGGACUGGCGGCGGACCAGACCGAGGCUCUUUACGUGGGCGAUGCAAUUCUGUCCGUGAACGGCUACGACCUCAGGGAGGCCACUCACGACGAGGCUGUUCAGGCCCUCAAGAAAACGGGCAAGGAGGUCAUUCUGGAAGUGAAGUACAUCAAGGAGAUGUCGGCGUUUUUUAAGGGCGGCUCGACGACGGGACCCCCGGUGCUGGACUCUCCUCCAGCUACUCCACAGAAACAGACGGACCCCGCUCUGAAAGAGACCCGGACCAUCCCGCUCCGAAUGUGCCACGUGACGCUCAAACAGUGUCCGCCGGACACCGAGGACAGGUAUUUUGAGGUGGUGUCUUCAGACAGACAGAAGUGUGUGUUCCUGCGAGCUAAAGAUCACGCCAUGGCUCAGGCCUGGUACAACGCCAUCCAGAGCGGCAGCGCGGCCUUACUGAGCAGCGCCCGAGCUGAGCUCAACUCCCUGCAGCCCAGUCUGGACGUCACACACAUCGGCUGGAUCAUCGAGCAGGGCUCAGAGCGGCCGAUCCUUGCGGUGUUGACAGACAGAGAUCUGCUGCUCUACACAUCUCUACCCGACAGCAAAGAGAUGCUCAACAGCCCAGACAAGAGCUAUCCGUUAAUUACCACCAGGCUGGUUCACUCAGGCCCAGGUAAGACGUCCUCAGUCCACGACUCUGAGCUGACGUUCGGUCUGCGUCUGGGCACCAAGCAGGGCGUGGAGACGCAUCUCUUCAGGGUGGACACGGCUAAAGACCUGUCCACCUGGACACACCUGCUGGUGGAGGGCUGCCACAGCGCCGCCGAGCUCGUGCAGGAGGUCACCACAGCGUGCAGCUGGAACGGAAAGGCCUGCAUGUUGAGCGUUCACAUCGACAAGGGCUUCUCUCUGUUCACGGAGGAGUCUGGGGUCAGGAAGAGCGUCCUCCUCCAGCAGCCCUUCGAGCGUCUGCGCAUGUCCUCGGACGACGGCGUACGCAUGAUGUUCCUCGACUUCGGAGGCCCAGAAGCUGAGAUUCAACUGGACCUCCACUCGUGCCCUAAAACCAUCGUCUUCAUCAUUCACUCUUUCCUGUCGGCCAAGGUCAAGCGACUGGGGCUGUUGGCAUGACGACGCCUACACGGGACAGGCGCCAUGACGACGGAAGUGACCGGUGGACCACUGGACAUCAAGCCAAACCUUCCCUCACAGACUGUCAGCCGCUCACUGUGUGCUCCUCGCAACGCUGACCUUUUAUUCGUUAUCAUUUUAUUGGUUUGUAUCGCAGAUAAACUUCAUGAAUGUUUAAAACGUAACCGCGUAACCGUGCGAAAGAAAGAAAGAAAACGAGAGCUUGAACCCUGUUCCGGAACCUACACGGGCAGCUGUCUACCAAGGGAGCAUCUAAGUCUGAAGUGAUUUGAGACACUAACACAAUGCUGCAGUGUUACGUGUGAAAAUAUGCAUAAAAUAGUCGAACAAAAUAAAACAAUACGAUAAAAAUAAAUGCAUUUCAAAAUAAUAAAUCAAAAUACGUUAAAUAAUAAUGCAUUUAAUUAUUAUAGUCUUACUCUUUUCAGCGUUUAAUUAAUGAUGCAUAAUAAUAUAUCUUACAGCAUAUCGAUUUUUCCCCCCCGAUCUCGUUGCAAUGCAUUCUGGGAUUGCCUUUAACAUAGUGACAGCGCUCCCUGCGGUGCCUUACAAGCGCUGUCUAAGAAGGCAGCUCGCUAGGUUUGGGAACAGAGAGCGCUCUGAUUGCGAAAAGGGCUUCGACAUCCUGCGGUGACGAAUAACGGCUCUUUCCGAUCUGACUCCAGCUAUAACCUCUUAAGACACGUCGUCUUCCGGAAAGGCUACGAAUCUAUGCAUUUGCCAAAAGAGAGAACGAACCGGCCAAACCCUUACUAAACAUAUGCUAGUGCUUUGCCAUAUUCGUAUUUUAUAUGCCAUGGUUUUUGUUUUGUAAGGGAAGCAUGGUUUCUUUCUUGUACACUUUUGAGCUCUGUAUUUGUGAAGAGAGCUCUCUCUAGACCUUCACUAGAAGUGGUUUGAGCCGAAAACCCCGUGCAACUCUAUGUUUGUCUUAUACUGACCUCUAAUGCACAUAAAGAGCAUUACUAGCAGAUCUCUGGCUGUGUUUUCAAUGACGUACCGCGCACUAGAUUAGCCAGCCAAAACAAAUAGCUAAAAAUAAGCAUAAAGCAGUCAAAUAAAUAUAAUUAAAUUAAACAAUAACGAAUUAAAUUGGUCAAAUCAAUGAACUGGAUCAUUUCCAGUGCUGAGAUCAUUUUUAAUCAUUAUUUUUACUUGCGCUGCAUACUCUAUCCCACAAUGCAAUGCACCUGAUCUGCCGUAUCCAGAUAAAUGCACCACAAAUAAUAUCCGUUAAUGCGUGAAAGUGCCAUUUUUUUUCACAUGCUUGCAUCAAAAAUUCAUGAUAACGUUUCUCGCUGCACGCAGUACGCAGGAGCUCAUUGCAAACACAGCCUCUUUUAUGCAAUAUCAUCUUGUUUGGUUAUUUUUCUUUGUUUUGUACCUCCUUCGGACUCAGCUGUCCUUUCAGUUCUUCUGCUUUUUUUUUUUUUUUUUUUUUUUUGUAAGGGACUUUUACAGCUGGAAAAUAUCCUUCAUGUGGCCUUUUUUAAACUCUACUAAAUUUUAAUAUAUUAUAAUUCAAACUAAACUGUAGUCAAACCAUGUUAGCUAUCGGAUGCAAAAUCAUAUUAUAUCCUUAUUUAAACAAAAGAGUGCCUUUUAGGGUUGUUUGUAUAUACAAUUGCAAUAAAUAUAACUGUUGACUCGA